UAUGCAGACCUCACUAUGCGUGGCCCGUAUAAAAGACCUGGCGCAACAGACAACAGCAUUCAGUAGCUAUCGAGCAGUCUGGACAAGAAGUGCACGAUGAGAUUCCUGAUCGCUUUCGUCGCCAUCCUCGGCUAUGCUUCGGCUAGCGCCAUCCUCCCCUACGCUUACGGCGUGAACGCUGGCGACGCCCAGGCCGCCGCCAUCGACGCGUCCGUCGCCGCCCAGGACCAUGCUCGCGCUGUCCAUGAAGGCCAGGCCCGCGCCGCUGAAGCCGCUGCCCAGUUCAACGCUGAAGCUUCCCGCCAGGUAGCCGAGGCCAGCCGCGACGCUCACGAGACCGCCUACUGGAACGGUCUUGCCGCCACCCAAAACGCUGUUGCCGCCGCUCAGUCCCACGCCGCCGCCGCCAGCGGUGUCGCCGCUGCCCACGCUGCCCUGGCCGCCCCUUACGGAGCUCACUACGCCGCCCCCUAUGCUGCCCCUUACGCUGGUCACUUCGGUCUCGCCGCUCCCUACGCCGCGUACGGAGUCCAUGGCCUCGGCGCUUACGGACUCCAUGGUCACGGCCUCCACGCUUGGUAAAUCGAUCAAACAGUUAUCGAUAACCGUUAUUUUUGAAUAGCUGCUAUCCAAAAAUAACGUUAUCGAUGAUGUUUUAGGCAACGUUGCCGGUCUUCGAUUGGCAACGUUGUUGAGUCGGUUGUCUGGCGCCGUCUGGUGACAGGCGGUUGGCACAUCGAAACCUCAACGGAUACAACAUGCUCAACGUUAACCAUGGGUCUCAGUAAAGUAACUCUCUUUGUAAAUAAAUUUCAUGCCAUCACUGCCAAAGUGUAAAUAAACACGUUUUUACAAAGUAAA